AUAACUAACUUCAUUCGGUUGCAUUGUCGGGCAUUUUGGUAGUCGGACGUGUCUUCAAUAUUUCCGCGGAGUUUUUUAGAACAAUUUAGGAAAAAAGCAACUUUCUUACGACUGCUAGAUUUGUUCAGCGACGAUAUAUUUUAAAACGAAAAGUUUCUACAAAGUGUUUCAAGAUGGUAUUAUCAACGGCAUCUGACGCUGAGUAAUAAAAGAAUAUAAGCGUGGGAGAGCACAAGUGUUGAUUUUGAGAGGAGGCAAAGAAGAAGUGUGUCGAAGAUUGUGGUGUUUGUUUUAUUUUUUGAGUGAGCGAGAUUGAAAGUAUGUUGAAGCAAAUGUUCAAGAAAAGAAGACAAUACUAUUACAAUGCCGAGAAGAAGACUUCAGGCAGAGACAUCAAAGAAGAUUCCAAAGACCAACAACAAGGAGCAGCCACAGCAGUGACCGAAAUUCCACCUGAAUGUUUGAUCAGACAUCCCUUGCAAAAUGUUUGGACUCUUUGGUACUUGGAAAAUGAUCGAACAAAAUCAUGGGAGGAACUACAAAAUGAAAUCACAAGCUUUGACACAGUAGAGGAUUUUUGGAGUUUGUAUAAUCACAUUAAAUUGGCUUCGGAAAUUAAGGCAGGAAGCGAUUAUUCUCUUUUCAAAAAAGGAAUCCGGCCAAUGUGGGAGGAUGAGGCAAAUAAGAAAGGAGGACGUUGGGUAAUUACUUUGAAUAAGAAUCAACGAAGAACUGAUUUAGAUAAUCUCUGGCUCGAUGUGCUCCUUUGUCUUAUUGGGGAAGCCUUUGAACAUUCUGACCAGAUAUGCGGCGCCGUAGUGAAUAUUCGAACGAAAGUCGAUAAAAUUUCGAUUUGGACAGCAGAUGGGCAGAACGAGAAGGCUGCCCUUGAGAUUGGUCAAAAGCUGCGGGAUGCACUGCGGUUAGAAAAAAAUCAGCUGCAAUACCAGUUGCAUAAAGACACAAUGGUGAAGCAGGGGUCAGCAGUAAAGGCAACAUAUGUACUCUAAUCAUCAAUGACUGCUUACAGUACGGAACUUUGCGACUAUCGAUUUUCGCAUUUACUUUCAUUGUUAUAGUGAAGGAAAAGAUGUAAAUUGUGAAUAAGACAUUUAACGAGAAGUGAAUUUAGAAUGAUUAUAAAUGCAAGAGUCGAUCAGAUACAAAAACAAAAUAUUUAUUAUUGCGUUAGGAAAACAAUUGAAAAGAAAACAAACAUAAAACUUAAUUCCCCACAAUGUCAUGAAAUAUCUUUAUAAUUAUUAUGCGAACUUGAUCACACUUUACCGAACGAAUUGGCAAUAAGCGAGAAAAAUGCUAGAAAAGCACGAAAAUAAUGUUUAUUUAUACUUCAAUCUUCCACUCACCAGAACCCUAGUAUUCUCAAUAGAAAUUUUCCAAGCGAAAAUUUUAUAGAAUUUUUUUUCUUUCCUUUAAUUUUUUCAUGCAGCAAAUGAUUGAGAAAUGAGAUCAGAAAAUUGAAAGAAUCGAAUAGGCAAAGCAUGAAGAAACGGUAGAGAAACAUUAAAACCGCUGAGCCAGCCAAUCACGACAUGCAAAUCAAGUAUUUCUCACUCAGAAAAUAAUUUGCUCGUUCACAAAGCGUUCUCUUGUCAUUUUCGCCACAUUUCCCUUUCAAUCUCGCUGAAGUAGCCGCUAUAUCGGUUUUGAUAAUUUCCUGUAUAAGUUUCAUAUUUGCUUACUUUCCUUUUACGAUUGAGUUUGUUAAUAUAAUCAGAUGAUAUAUGUCAUAAUAUAAUUACUGUAACAAAUAAAUGAUGGAUAUAUUUUAAAAUUAAA